AUGGGCAUUUUAGGCCCCUGGUUCUUAAACUUAUUAAUUUCUGUGUGCUUCACAUCAAUCAGUGUAUUUCUAUUCAUAAAAACUGAUUUUGAAUUUAUGAUCUAUUAUGACUUGUUAACUAUUAUUUUAAUGAUUCUCUCAAUUGUAUUAAUUAUGGAUUUUCUACGCAGAAUGAGUUUUGGACUUUUACCAAAAUUAAGUAGUCCAUUAGUUAUCCCUCAUCCAACAUAUAUUUGUACACUUGUCCUUACUUUGACUGUUACAUUGGGUUACGGCUAUAUUUUUGUUUAUAAAUUAGCUCUAUAUGGUUGUGAUAGGGCUGUAGAGGCAAGAGAUCCAUUACAAAUGACUUUAGAUUCAAUAUUAAGAUUAACAAUAGCCUUAUAUUCUCUGGUUUCCUUCAUCUAUAUAAUACAGCGGUUUGGAUUUCUAAAUGGAUUUUAA